AAAACAUUCGUUCAUCGACGAGAAUGGAACGAAAGGACUGCUCUUCCUUCGCUUUACGUUUGAUUUGAGCUCAGUUUAAUUUUAGAAAACACUCUUAGCUAGCCUGACUGUUUACAUCAAAGAAUAAUACACAGUCUAUGCAGCAGUUUGACCGUUAAAACGGUUUGUAGAGGAGUUGUAACCCGUAGCAACUGCUGUUGGACCUUUCAUUCAUAAAUGUAAGUCAUGUUACUAUGUAGAUUGAUGUAUCCAGUGGUGGAAAGUACCUAAGUACAUUUACUCAAGUAUUGCACUUGAGUACACAUUUGAGAUGAUGGAGGAUUUCUCUGGUUUGGCUUUGCCUCCUCUGUUCGGUGGACACAUCCUGGAGGCAGAGCUGGAGCCUGGUGGCGUGGAGCUGGGACCAGGGGAGGUGGAGCUGGGCCCGGGAGGCAGUGAGCUGCUGGAGGGUACAGAGCAGGACGAUGAAGAGAGGAGAGCUCUUGAUAAGAGGAAAUAUCUGGCUCUGAAUAGGAGAUGUAAAGACAUUGAACAGGUGAAUCAGAAGAUUCUUGGUCGCCUUCAUCAAGUACAAAGAAUAACACGACGCUUGAAGAAGGAGAGACGGUUUCUCAUGAAGACUUUAGACGCUCAUGGGGACGACUACAGGAACGCCCAGCUCACUAUACUUCUAGAGGAUGAGCCUGGAGUCCAUUUAGACCCUGCUACAGGAGUGAAGGAUGACCGGCCUAAUGGUGUGUCAGGUUCCUCCUCGUCUGCUGCGUUGCCUCAUGCUGCGCUGCCAAAGAGGAAAAGACACAGAAUACCACGGCAAGAAAAAGAUAAAGACCAACAGACUGAAGCAGACAUGUCAGUGUUGGCAGAGAAUCAGUUUGGAGAAAUGCCCAGCCCGACCUCUCUGUCUCACUAAUCAUUGAACUGUGGCCCUGAUGAUGAUGAGGAUGAUGAUGAUGAUGAUGAUGAUGAUGAUGCAGAAGGAGCACACAGUUUCAUUAACUCUUCAGUAGAAACGCUGCCUCUCCGCCGGGUUUUGCACUGUUUUAGUUUAUCUUUAACAUUGUGAUCCGAUUGAACCAAUGUAAGAUAAAACGAUAUGUUGUACACUUGGUACAAGUAUUCAUUUGUUUUGUAUAUUUUAUUUUCCGUAGAAAUAUUUUGUACUUUUAUUUGAUAACGACACAUAAUUAUGACCAGUGGCAUACAUGGGGCUGUUUGUUAAUUAUUUGAUAAACUGGAUACAUUUAUAGUAGAGUUACAAACUUGUGUUUAUUAAUAGAUUUCACAAUUGAUUCCCUGGAUACUGUCAUUGAUAAUAUGGUUCAUAAUUUUAUUUCAGAACCUGUUGAAAUAAAUGACUAUUUGGCAAUUGGA